UUCUUCUUCUUAAAAAGAAAUCUAGCACUUGCUCAUUUACACAUAGAGAAGUUAUUCCUUUACAUUGAAAUUUCCACAUGAUCAUGAACAUCGAGAUUAUAUCCAAUGAGAUGAUCAAGCCUUCUUCUCCAACUCCAAACCACCUCAGAAACUACAAACUCAACCUAUUGGAUCAGCUCAUUCCAGCUGCCUACGCUCCCAUUGUAAUCUUCUUCCCAAAUCACGACGGCAUCGCCAUCUCUUUUCAAGUCGAUCUGCUCAAGAAAACGCUCUCGGAAACAUUAACGCACUUCUUCCCGCUUGCAGGAACGAUCAAAGCAGACGAGCUCUCCAUCGACUGUGAUGAUCAAGGUGCUUGCUUCACCAAAGCAAAAGCAAACUGCAGUUUGAAUGAUUUUCUCAAGCGCCCUGACCUCAAACAGAUAGCACAGUUCCUCCCGUGCGGGCUGACCAGCACGGGGCUCUCCAUGACCAACGUGCAAGCCACUGAAUUAGAGUGUGGUGGGAUUGCUCUUGGUGUGUGUAUAUCUCAUAGAGUUGUUGAUGGAGCUGCAUUGAGUUUCUUCCUCAAGUUUUGGGCUAAUGCUACUGCUGCUAACGAGAAACCCUCGUUCGCUCCUGAUUUCACCGCCUCUUGCCUCUUCCCUGUCGAUGGCUCGUGGCUCAGGGAUGCAUCAAUGGUGAUGUGGGGUUCUUUGUUCAAGAAGGGGAAGUGUGUUACUAGAAGAUUUGUGUUUGGUAGCGCGUCGUUGGCCUUGCUCAAGGAUAGAGCAACUGGCGUGGGUGGCAGUAGUCCUACACGGGUGGAGGCCGUCUCUGGCUUCAUAUGGAAACAUGCAAUGGCUGCGUAUGCUGAGAGAUGUGGUGCCAAGAAUGAGCCUUCUCUACUCACACAUUUGGUUAAUCUAAGGAAAAGGGCAGUCCCAAAUUUCUCACAAGAGUCUCUUGGCAACUUGAUGUGGAUAGCAAGUGCAAUGUGUGGAGGUGGGGGUGAUUUGGGGCUUCCUGCGCUGGUGGAUAAAGUGAGGAGGUCGAUAUCCGUUGUAGAUGGAGAGUGUGUGAAGAAGUUAGGAGGUGAAAAGGGAUCGAAAAUUAUUCUCGAGUGCAUAAAAGAGAUUGAACAAGUGGGGAGUGAGAAUGUGCACCAUUUAGGGUUUUCGAGCUGGUGCAAAUUAGGGUUCUACGAUAUCGAUUUUGGGUGGGGGAAGCCGGUUUGGGUUAGCAACAUCGAUACGAGCGGGCCGUGUUUUAUGAAUCUUGUUGUUUUGAUUGACAUGAGAAGUGGUGAUGGAAUGGAAGCUUGGGUGACACUGGAGGAGCAAGAUAUGGCUGCCUUGGAGCAUGAUCAAGAGUUCACAAGUUUUGCCUCAUUGAAUUCAAGCCCCCUCUAAUUCAAGACUUUUUCUUUGAUUCUGUUUUCUUGGUUGUUAGACCAAGGGAUUCACCGGCAAACCUAGUGACUAUUACUCGUGCUGAUAUAUAUGUAUACAACUCGAAAGGUUACACAAUUGACCCAAAAAUUUAAGGGUGUUUUAUUUUAAGAUGUAGACUUUUUUGAAUGCAGGCAAGUUUUGUUCUUUU